AGUUAAGGCCUUGCAUGGGGUAUGAAUAGAGGAGGUUAUGUUUAAUCUCACUGUGUUAACCACGCUUUAGGAUCCUUAAGUCGAACCUACUGACUCUAUAACAAGAGCCUAAGAGUGGUCGCUUUGGAAUCAAAGUAGGCAUCAUUUACGAAGCGAUUGAAGGAAAUUAUUUCACACUCUUAAAGAUGUCUGUUUGUCCGCCAAAUAUCUCUUCCAGUCUGCUUUGCCGCAUAAAUAUCACCACUACAUCUGGUCCAGUAACGCUAACUACAGAAAAGCACAGACUACAUGAAGUAGCGGGCUGGGAUGAUGCUACUUGGGUGCUUUCUAGUGCCUUCAUCAUAUUUACCAUGCAGUCUGGUUUUGGUCUCUUGGAGUCAGGAAUGGUGUCCAGGAAAAAUGAGGUUAACAUAAUGGUUAAGAACGUCGUAGAUGUAAUCUUUGGUGGAUUUUCCUUCUGGGCAUUUGGUUAUGGAUUGGCUUUCGGUGAUUCUGCAGCAAGCAAUCCUUUCUGCGGAGCUGGACGAUUCUUUACAAACGCCGACGAAGCAGAAAUGGGCUCCGUUUUCUCAAAGUUUUUCUUUCAGUUAUCGUUUGCCACCACAGCAAUAACUAUAGUGUCUGGUGCGAUGGCAGAGAGGACUAAACUUGAGUCGUAUUGCGUUUUUUCGUUUCUUGGAAUGCUUAUCUAUAGUUUUCCGGCCCACUGGUUGUGGUCAAAAGGAGGAUGGCUGGCACAGCUUGGCGCUGUUGACAUUGCGGGAAGCGGCGUUGUACAUGUUGUGGGAGGUGUGACAGGCCUUGUAGCAACAAUUCUCCUCAAGCCACGUCUGGGUCGUUUCAGUAGCAACAAGCCCCAGAUGAUGGGAUCUCCUGUUACAGCUAUUCUUGGUCUUUUCGUGUUGUGGUGGGGAUGGCUUGGCUUCAACUGUGGUAGUACGUUUGGUAUUACUGGUGGCAAAUGGCAGCUAGCAGCAAGAUCUGCAGUAAACACCCUGAACUCGUCCAUUGGUGGUGGUAUUUUUGCCUUCUUUUACAGUUAUAUUUACUACAACAGAAAAGUAGAUGUUUGUCAUUUGAUAGUAGGAAUACUGGGAGGCCUCGUCUCAGUUACUGGUAUCUGCCCACUUGCUCGUCCAUGGGAGAGCCUUGUUAUUGGGGCAUUUGGUGGAAGCUGCGCAUGCUUGGGACGCAAACUUAUGUUGUGGCUUAAAAUCGAUGAUCCAACAGGAUGCAUCGCGGUGCAUACUCUAUCUGGCAUCUGGGGCAUGAUUGCAGUAGGCCUGUUCACRGAGGUUGAUCGUCUCGAGAAGUUUUCCAAGAUAAAGGGUGUUUUUAAGGGAGGUAAUGGUUAUUUACUUGGCAUACAGUUAUUAGCCGUGGUGUCCCUUGCUGUAUGGAGUGCUAUUACUUCAGGUAUCAUCUUACUGGGYAUAAAAGUGAUCAUCGGACUCAGGGUGACAGAAGAAGAGGAAAAGCUUGGUGCUGAUCGAGUGGAGCACGAGAUGGAUUAUAACAAAACUGAAAACAGCAAACAAGCGAGUGCACUUCGAGGUCUAAACAUGUUCCUGAGAAAAAUUGAACCAGAAAAAAGCCCCAAGGUCACCUCAAUGGAUCCCACACCACGUGGGCGGCGAAAUCGAGCGUUUGCAAUUAGAAUAAACGAGGARAAAAAUGAAGAAUCGGUAGUUGAAAGUAUCGGAAGGGAAAGAGAGCUUACUUCGUCUGUUUCGAACAUGAAUUGGUCAGUGUCUGAACGCGUGGGUGAAACAAAACUGGAAAAUGGUUGCUGAUUGAGAGACGACAAUUACGUACUCAUAAAAGACAGAGGGUUUUUUUUAUCUUGGAAGUAAACUUGCCUUUAGUCUGAUCGGAUCAUGGGAUUUUUUCCCGCUAAUGACGUCACCUAAUGAUUUAGUCCCGUUUWUAGCCGUUACAUUCAAGACCGCUGACCACGCUCCAAGUUACACAGUUAGUCACUGUUACUCUGAUUCUGAA